UCUCACCCCACUGCUCUCCCAAAGCAGAGAGUUAUUUCCUUCUUUUCUUCAACCACAACAACAGCCCAGCCAUGGAUGUCUUUUCCCCAUCCCAGGUCUUCUAUGACAGCGCCUGUGCCUCCUCGCCAGAGGACCUGGACUUCGGCCCCGGGGAACUGGACGGCUCAGAGGAAGACGAGCACGUCCGGGUUCCUGGGGCUCCUCACCAGGCGGGUCACUGCCUUCAGUGGGCCUGCAAGGCCUGCAAGCGUAAGUCCAGCACGGUGGACCGGCGUCGGGCUGCCACCAUGAGGGAACGACGCCGGCUGAAAAAGGUGAACCACGGCUUCGAGGCUCUGAGGCGCUGCACCUCAGCCAACCCCAGCCAGCGGCUGCCUAAGGUGGAGAUCCUGCGCAACGCCAUCCAGUACAUCGAGAGCCUCCAGGAGCUGCUCCAUGAGCAUGUGGAGAACUACUACGGCCUUCCUGGGGAGAGCAGCUCAGAGCCUGGGAGCCCCUCGUCCAGCUGCUCCGACAGCAUGGUUGACUGUAACAGUCCUGUUGUGUGGCCUCAGAUGAACACAAGCUUUGGCAACAACUACAGCUAUACUAAGAAUGUGAGCUCUGGAGAGAGAGGUGCUGGUGCCUCCAGCCUGGCUUGCCUGUCUAGCAUAGUAGAUCGCCUCUCCUCGGUGGAUGCCAGUGCCCCAGCAGGACUCAGAGAUAUGCUUACCUUCUCGCCCUCCAGCACCGACUCCCAGCCUUGCACUCCAGAAAGCCCCGGGAACAGACCCGUGUACCACGUGUUGUGAAGAAAACCUGCAUUAGAAUAUAAAUAUUCUGAUGGCCCUGAUCUUCAAACGCAUACCACUUUUACUUCCUAUUUCGGUGAUGGCUAAGAUCGAUCAACACCUGCCAACUUUUGUAUUGUAAAUAAGAUUGUAAAUAUGUACUGUAAAUGUUCAUUUAUAUUAAAAAAUAUUAUACCAAAUGUAACAUAUUUAAUUGAUCCUUUUCAUGUGUCUGUCCUAAU